AUGUCGCUCUUCGGUUCUUCGCCGGGGCGCUCGUCGGACAGCGACGACGACCGUUCGCUUCGCUCUCCCUCGCGCGCCUCUUCCGCUGGGCUCUCGGAUCCUGAAGACGCGCAGCGCUCGGCAGGCAAUGAGCGAGAGGACGCCUCCUCCCUCCGUGAGGAGGCUGCCAAGUUCCUCUGGGGGGGGUCUGAGGACGAGAAGGAAGACGAGGGCGAGAACGACUUGCUCGACGCGGACGACUACAUCCAGGCGUCUUCCUCCUCCGCCGCAAAGCUGACGGCUCAGCCUGGCUUCUCGGCUGACGGCGAAGACGAGACGUUCGAUGAAGAAGUGCCGUACGCCCCGCGGUUGCUGCUCAAGGACGCGGAGGCUCGAAGUCGGAAGGAAAAACUCCUCUUCGCCGCCUUCAACUCUCUCACACACACAGAAGUCCUCCUCUCGCACGCGGCCGACCUAGCCACUCACGUCUCGCGUGUACAUACAGCGGGUCAAGGCAGCGAAGGCGCCUCGCUGCAAGCUGUCCCGCGCCUCUCCGACGAGCACAGACGCCGACGGAGUCUGUCGGCGGCCCCGCACGCCCCGCGGCUGUCUCUCUCAAGUCGCAAGUCGUGGGAAGCCGAACAGGACGCGGAGAAGCGCCCCGUGAUCGGCAGGCCUUCCCGGUCUCCUCGGUCUUCGCAAACGCUCGAUCAGGCCAGCCGACCGCCCGCGUUUUCCGAGGCGCACUCGGACGCAAGCGCGCAGCCGCACCCUUUGCGCGCUUCCUUCUCGUCGCGCUCCUCCUCCGCGUCCGGAGGCGAGACAGGCAAAGCCCCCGCAGCGGGACAGCUCGCGCCAAAAAUGAUGAAAGUGAUGCGCGAAAUCUUCGGAAAACGGAAACCUGUGGGGCGCUUCGGAGGGUAUGGACAGCUUGCCGCGGGUCGGCGCGACGGCCACGCAGCGAAGCCGAAUGCGGCUGCAGCGUCUCAGGCGGGAUAUCCGACGCCUUCCCCUCCACCGGCGACUUCAGACCCCGUCGCGCAAAAACCGCUCGCGUCUCCGCCCGUCCUCGCACAGGCCGGGCAAAAGGUGUCGGUGACUGUCACCGACGAAGCGGUGCGGCAACUCAAGGACAUCAAUCUUCUGUUGAAGCGCGAAGGCUGCGCAGGCAGCUUGAGACGCCAGAGAGCGCAGGAGCUCUACGACUUUGAAGAUGGCCACAUGCUCUACCAACAUCCGCGGUUCUGCGCCACUGCGAUCUUUCGCGAGAACCUCGUCGCUCGCCGCCUCGCGCCUCUCUGGACCGCCAUCGCUGCGCGCUACGAUGCCGUCGAAGGCUCCGACGACGCACAGCAAAUCGAACAGCAACAGCACCUCCUCGUCCAGCUUCUCCGCUGUCUUGCAUUCCUCGCUGCGGCGCCGCCUCUCGAUUGGAUUCAGUACUGGAUGAAGUUUGCGCCGUGGUUGGACGACUUGAAGCGGACAGACGAUUUCCGGAAGAAGGAGAAAAAACGGAUCGAAGAGCUCCGCGCGAGGCGUCGCAGGCUCGGCCUCCCACCCUCUGAGGCGGAGAAGGAGACCGAGGAGAAGUUCUUCCGAGACGAGGAGCUGCAUCGAGAUCCACCCGUCCAGGAGGAAAGACGCCUGCGAAGCCACAUCAUUAUGAAAUACUACCGAGGCAUGCAGGAUGCCAAGAAAGCCCUGUGCUGUCCCGCCCUGUGGCAACUGCUGGCGUCGGUGUUUGUUGACAAACAAGACUUCGUCGACCGCGGAGGCAGAACGGCGGAGCAGCAACGUCGCUUGGACGGGCUGGCCGCGGAGCGCGAGGCGCUGUACAAGCGAGAGAAAGAAAUGAAGAGUCGCCUGCGGGAACUGGAAGAAGAGAACGCGCAAGAGAUGGAUGGCGCGGCAGACAGCCUGCCGAAGCAUCGUCUGAAGCGUGCGUCGGUUGGCGCGAAGGCGGCGCUGGAGGAGGAAAUGCGGGCACUGAAGAGCGAGAUGGAGGCGCUUCGCGAGGACAUUUUUGAGAUCACUGAGACUCUCCACGACCUCAAUCGAGCGAACCGCGAAGAGCUCGAGAAGGCCGAAGCACUCAUCGACAAUCUGCGCAUGCUCGUGUGCGCCGUCUUCCUCAUGCCGCCCUCCCUCCCCAAGUCUGUUGCCAUGACGCCUGGCAGUCAACUCUCUCUCGUCAUCGCGAUGCUCCAACAGAGGAAAGAAAAAGCUCUCGCCCUCUCCCCGCUCCAUCCUGGAGGCUUCAGUUUAAUGCACCUUUUCCUUCGAGACACUCAGUCCGAUCUGUUCAGCAGAAUGCAGAAGGCGUUUUCUCUCGUCGAACUCGCCUCCUCCUCCAAUCCUCAAGAGCAGGAGUUUUACGACAUUGAGAAGAUGACGGGAGGUUUGGGACGGUGGGCCGUGACGCACGUGCAUGCAGAAUUGAUGGAGAGAAUCUGGAUGGUUCUCCGCACCGUCCACGGCCUCGUCUCGGCCGUCCCGCCUCUCGCCUUCGCAGAGCUGGUCGCCGAGAUCACGGCGGGCGUUCCUUCUUCGUCUUCCGCCCCUCAGCCUGGGCCUUCUCGGGCUGCGGGGCGUUCGCGGUUCGCCGCCUGCAACCUCCAGAAGACGUCCCACGAGUACAUCCAGUUUCUCUCUCGGCUGGAUCCCCUGAAGGCGCGGCAGGUGCUGCUGGCCGAGCGCGUCGUUGCGGCCGAGCAGCGAAAUCGCAAAGUUGCGCAGGUGCGCGUCUUCCGCGACCAGAAUCGCUUCGUGAACUACGAACGCCUCUUCCUCUUCCGCUCCCUGGCGUUGCGACCGCUCGACCUCGAGGAAGAGAUCGGGGAAGGCCUGGAAGGACACGAUCAGUCGCCGGGAAAGGAGACGCCGACGUCCGCACGCGUCGCCACGGCAGACGGGGGCGAUGUGCGGUCCGACGCGGGCGAGGCAGGCGAGAAAGCGCGGAACGCCGUCUCCUCUUCCGCUGCGUCUUCGGGCGCAGUGCGGUCGGCGACGGCCAGGCACGGCCCUCCCGCCGCGUUCGCUUCCAAGGCUGCCUGGCUGAAGACGGCGUUGUCGAGGGAGGAUCUCCGUUCGUUGCAGAAAUUGAUUUCUGGGUUCUUGGGUAUCGACGAGCAGUUCACGGCGCCGGUUAACCCGGAGACCCACGAAAACGACAUGUACUGCGGUCGGUUCUACUCGCUCGCGUUCCUCGUCGAAGCAGCGAUCAAAGAACUCCUCAGAGAAGUCGACACCGACUAUCACUGUCCCUGGGAUGCAGAGCUGCUGCUCAACCUGAUUUCUUGGAUUUUCGCGUACCAAGUGACCUACUUCAAGGCGGUGAAUCGGCUGCGCCUGGCCCGCCGGUCUUCGGCCCCGCUUCUGGACCGCAUCGACAUGAUUUUCUGCUUGCAAGGCUUUGAGACGGCGCUGAUUCAGGACUACCUCGUCGGGCUCUUCCACCGCGCCGUGUUUGUUUUGUCGCUGUCGCGCGGGUCGAGGCCGCUCCUGCUCUCCUGUCUGCAGUGUCUCCGACAGCUUCUGCGCCUUCUUCAGGUCCACGUGAACUCGAAGAAGACGGAGAUCGUCGACGCCGUGAAGACACAACUCGCCUCCUGGAUCAAGCGCGGGGUGAUCGGGACGCUCGCCCACGUCAUGAAGACGUUCAAAGGCUCUUCCUUCGAGGCGGACGUCUUCCUGUACGCUCUGGAAAUCGUCCUCAUCUUCGCCUCGCUCCUCCAAGCAGUCGGCGGGAGAAUCGAAGUCGUCGGCCUCCCGCGCAGAGGCCUCGGCAUGCAGCGAAGAGGCGGUCGCAGCCGCGGGAGCCUCCUGAUGGACGACGAAGACGGACCAGGUCCAGAUGGGGCCUUCCCUGGAGAUGCCGGAGACGCCCCGGGCCUUCCCACAGGCUCCAGGGAAGUCUCCGUCGACGACGUUGUCAGAGAGUUCCUCAGAGGCGAGAUCGUGCACCAGGCGAUGCAAAUCCUGGCGCACUACUCCACGAACGCGGUCGCGGUGAAUUCUGCAGUGAUUUCCUUUUUCGAGUUAAUUCUUUCGUACAAGCACGGACAGCCGGAGAACGCGGCGUUCUUCUUCGACGUCUCCUACUUCCUCGUGUUCCGAAACAUGUUGAACGACCGCGCGGCGCGCACAGACCCGCGGGUCUCGUGGAUCCUCAACUUCGCAGAAGACAUCGUGGAGCGCUUCUUCUUCCUCUGGGGCGGAGACGAUGCAGAGACAGGGCGAGACGCAGAGACGGGGCCGGGGGACGGGGUCGGAUCGGACAAGAGACAGGACGCGAGCGCGGUGGGCGAGUCUGUUCCGCGGGAAGAAGGCCAGGCCAGCGCGGCUGAGGGGCAAAAUGGCAACGCCUUUCUCCCCUUGGAGUUGCUGUUUUCGAAGAAGAAGACGGGGCGCGCAGGAUUCGACAACUCGCCGGCGGACGUCUUUUGCCCGACCUCGGAAGGUUCCUUCGCCUCGCUGUUCUCCAACUACCGCACAGGCUCCGACGCGCUGCUCCUCGCGGCGAUGGAGGAACAGCUCAAGACGCACGGUUUCGUGGCUCCACUCGACGCAGCCGCAGAGUGUCGCAGAAACCUCGGCGACGACUUGGGCUUUGCGGGCCGAGACGCCGCGAACAAAUUCGACAAGCACGAAGACGAACUCCUCAUUCGCGAAUUCCUCACGUACAGAGACAUCAACAACUGGGACCAGUACAUUGCGACAACGCUGGGGAAGACGGCGCGCGCAGUUCGGAAGCGGCUGCAGCAACUGCGUCUGACGAAUCCAGAGCUUUUCCCUUCGGACUUCUCUCCGGACGAAGACGCGCUCCUCUCUUCGCGCCGAACCUCCGUCGACGCGGGAGCGCCUGCCGCGUCGCCCGCCUCUGCAGUGCCUCCGCUGCUGGCCGCCGUGCAGACCCUCUGGGAGCGUUUCUUGGCUUCGCGUUUGCCGAGCGAACAGGAGCCGCCCAGUUUCUCCCGAUUCCUCCAGAGCCUCGCUGAUAACUUCGCAGACGCCUGUCGCCUCAGGGAAGUGUUGCGCAUGGACGCGCUGAGCGAAGCGAGCGAGGCGGGGCGCGCGAGCGGCGUCUGGGAAGCGGUGGCUGUAGAAGAGCCGCUGGAGGGCGGCGAGGCCGCAGUCGAGCUGCUGGCCAGCGCGGAGUUCGCGCGGCUGAUGCAGGCGAUGGGCGCAGAGAGGCGCGAAGGCCGAAAGGACGCAGGCGCGCCGGACGAGGGCGUGUGGCGAAUUCCCGCCGAACACCCGCAAGAAAUCCUCGAAGCCGCCGUCAAGAAACUCAAGGAACUCGUCGCGCUCGACCACGAGGAACUCGCCGCACUCGCCGCCCAGCACAUGCAGCGCGAACGUCAGCGAGACGAAGUCCGCGCAAACCGGUUGAAGCGGCGCCCGUUCGUGUUCAAUUCUGCCUCUCUCGCCGAGGCGCUCUUGAACUUCCGAUUCUUCCUCCAGGGUCUCGAGGACGAACAGGCGAGAAGGGCAAGCGCCGACGUGGGGGACGAACGGGGAGAGGCUGGCUUUGAGGCAGGGCGACGCGGCGAAGGCGGAGGCCUUUUUGCUUCCGAGACGCCCGCAGAGCGUGGCGACGGCGCGCGCACGGGCGAGCCUGCAGAUUCUGUGUGUAGCCUUUCAGGCGUUUUCCGCGACAAGUCGGCAGACGCCAUCCUCACCGACCUCCUCACAGUCUUCAAGAGUCUCUCGGCGAAGCUCUUGGCGAGGCGCGAAGCCGGCGAAGAGCCGGAAGACAAGGAACGGGACGCACUCGAACUGAGAGUGGAGCAGUUCGCCUGGUUCGCUUGCGAGAGCAUUGGAGAAUCCACACAGCUCCGAAGGACUCUCGCUGUCAUGGGAUGCUUCCGCGACUUCCCAGGCGCACAAGACGAAGAAGGCGACGCGCAGAUUCUCUGGCAAGUGCCCUUGGAUGUCGAUGCUGAAAUCUUCGACGACCGUGUAGAUGCCUUCGCAAACUUCGCUGCCAAAGGUCUCGACGAACUGGAGAUGCUUGUCCAAGGGGUUCGCGGCGACCAGGUGGGGCGGAGCCGGCGGGACGAAGACGAGGAGACGUGGGACGACGAGGCCGUUUCUGCCCAGGCUUCUUCGCAAGGGAGGAGCAAGAAGCACGAGAGUCGCGGUGGCCGCGAGCACGGGAAGAAGGGUUGUUCGCCUUCGCGCCGCAAAAAGAAAGACAAGAGAGACAAGCGCAGUCGCCCGCUGCUGCUGACUCUGGAGAAGCUGAAGAAGGCAGCGGCUUCGGGUUCAGGUCUUCUCCCGGAGAAGCCGUCGACACGCCACCGCUACCUCCUGGCGUCGAAGUUGUUUUUGUGGAGAGAGUUUUUGGAAAGCGACGAAAUCAACCGAGAGUUGCUCCACGGCGACCGGCCGCUCCAGAGACUCCUCGCCUGUCUCCGGCAGUGGAACACGGAGAGACUUGCGGUGCUCGAACGCGCUGCGGAAGAGGCGGGCGACAGCGACGAGGAGGCCGCGAUCGUUCGCCGGAACCGGGUGCCGCACCUCGUUCUGACGGCCUGCAGGGAGCAGGAAGAAGAAGUCGCCUUCUCUGCUUCCGCGGCGGAGGGCGGUGAGGACGGGGACAUGGACGAGGAUGCAGAGGGUGGAGAGCGAAAAGGGCGGCCCGCAGCGGGCGAAGAGACAGAAGAGGCAGGCGUGCGCUUUCGAGUCUUUCGAGGGGUUCUCCCGAACGUCGCAGCCGGCCUGUGGGUGUGUGCCGCACUGGGCGGGAAGCCUGUGGAAAUGUCUGAGAACCGCGAGUUCCUCUGGCGGGCUGAGGAGCGCUACCUCCCUGCUUCCUGGCUCCGCAAGCAGCUGCGGAUUCUCGAGUUAGUUCUCCUGAACCCUCACAUGCAGACGGCGGCGGGCGUCCAGGUCGAGCUCGGGUUGAUCCGCGAGGCCAUGGAGCGGGAAGAAGCCCAGAGGCAGGAAGAAGAAGCGGAGAGGCAGGAGGAAGAGGAGCGUCGCCUGGACGAAAAUGGGAGGCCUGCAGAGGACGAUGCGGAGACAGCGGACGGAAGGGGCGACGCGGGGAGGAGUCGAGAGCAGGAACGGAAGCAGAAGGUAAAGCGCCGAGAGGAAGACGGUAUGGGAGACGACCAGAGCGUUUCGGCCGAUAAGAAGCACGAGGGAGUGGCCAAGAGCAAAACGUCGGAACAGGCCGUGGAAGAGGGCGGAGAGGCGCCAGAGGAAGACGACUUCGACUUGGUUCCCGAACCCGACGAGCCGGCAGAUCCGACGUGUUCUCUCUCGCCUAGGAAGGAGACGGAAGAGCACUCCGACUUGGAUGAAGACUACGAGAUGUUUCUUGAGCCUUCGGACGCGGCACUGUCGGACGACGCGUUGUUCGACGUGUGGGAUGUGGUGGGGAGUGGGGACGAAGGAGACGAACCGGAGCGCGGUUCACGCGGGGCCAGAGACGAGGGCGCUGAUGGCGCAGAUCUGCUGACGUGCCUCAUUGACGAUCUCCAGAGCUUCCAGAAGCGCCGUUCGCCGUCGGCGAAGAAGCCAAGUGGAGACGGUCAGCGCCAAAAGAAAAGAGGGAGAGAGACCGUCGAGAGCGGCGCUCCGGAAGCCUCGGAGAGAACUGCAUACGAAGCUGAUGCAGGCGACAAAGAAAAUGCAGUGCACAACGUUGCGGAGAGGAAAACGAGAACAGGCGGAGAUAUUGACAGAGUGAAGCGGCUCAUGCGAAGCCUGGAUACGACCUUCGCAGAGUUAGAACAGGUCCAGGAAAGCUAA